AUGAGCCAUAUCACCUACGUCGCCGCCUUCCAUAAUUGGCGGCAGUGCGAGCGGAAGAAGAUCGACGCGAUGAUCCGCAAAGCUUACAAAUCAGCAUUAGGACUCCUAGGAUGCACGAGCACGCAGAAGCUCGAAGCCCUGGGACUCCACAAUAGCCUGGAAGAGAUCGCCGAGGCACAGCAGACGGCGCAGCUCACCAGACUGUCGGGAACCAGGACCGGCAGAUCUAUCCUCAAACAACUAGGCAUCGGAGCCAAGGAAGACGACCACCGGAUGCAGGAGCAGAUACCGCGGGAGCUGGGCAAGCACAUCGUCGUGAGCCCAAUCCCGCGGAACAUGACUCCCACAUUCCAUCAAGAAAGAAGAGAGGCGAGAGCCAAGGCGCUGAUCGCGCUACACGCCGGCGAUGAGGGAGCCGUGUUCGUGGACGCGGCCAGUUACAAGAACAUCGGCGACGCCUUCAGCGUCAGCGUGAUCGGAGCCAAAACGGGUGAGAUCAGGAUGGCGGCCAGCGUGCGGACCACUGUGCCCAGCCAGGCAGAAGAAGUGGCGGUGGCCCUCGCCAUCGCGGACCCCAGAACGAAGACGGUGUUGUGCGACUCGCGAACGGCAGUGCGCAACUUUGCGAAACAGCGAGUGUGCAGUGCGGCAGCGCGCAUCCUGCGAAAGGCCGAAGUCAACGGAGUCAUCACCAGUGCGGUGAUAAAGUGGUUUCCCGCCCACGCGGGCGCGGAAGUGGCGGGCUCGCUGGGGCUCACCAACCACAACGAGACGGCCAACUCCGUGGCGCGUGGACUCGCCGGCCGCGCCCCGGUAACGGCCGCCGCCGACGUGGUGGAUCGCCCCGAGAAGGACACCAUGGACGCUUACAACGAGGUAACCCUGUGGUACCGGUUAGCCAGAAGAACGAUGGCCCUGCCCCACCCCCGUCUGACGCGGGAGGAGGCGGUGGUAUUCCGCCAGUUACAGACUAACUCCGUGAUAACCCCAGUGUUAGCAAAGCACCUGUGGCCGGAGGUAUACGUAACAGACUUAUGCAGACUGUGCGGGAAGGAAAGGGCCACGUUGGCCCACAUCCUGGAAGACUGCGAAUGCGCGAACGCGGACAACAGUGCAGACGUUCUCCCGCCCCUCAUGGAGGAGGCGAAGAGAUCCGAAGACUACGACGUCCAACACACGGCCGUCCAGCAGAUCCUAGCGGCACUCGAGAAGCAGCGACCGGACGGGAUGGAAGCAGAAAGGGUUAACCCGAGUACGCUGAAGCCCGCCGCGAGCGGCUCUCCCCGCUAAGAAGACGUCCGGCCACGUCGCCCCAAGAACCCACCUGAGAGGGUGGGAUGAUAGGGGUUACUGCAGGAGACCCAUUAAAGUUGCU